UGUAUGUAUGUGCAGUACAAGUUCACAAGAAGGCACCUAGAGAGAGAUCUCGACACUCAACAGUAACAAUAGCUAGAUAGCUCAACAUCUUCCACAUACACAUACAGUUGUCUCCUCGUUGCCAUGGCAACCUCGCGAGGAGGAGGACAAGACGACGACCACCCCUCCAUCCUACACAGCGGCGACGGCGACGGUGGCGGAGGGGACGCCGGCGACGGCGACGGACCGAGGCAGGUGUGGGUGCCGGGGCCGGUGAUCGUGGGCGCGGGCCCGUCGGGGCUGGCGACGGCAGCGUGCCUCAAGGCACGCGGCGUGCCGUCGCUGGUGCUGGAGAAGGACGCGUGCGUGGCGGCGUUGUGGCGGCAUCGCACGUACGAGCGGCUCCGGCUGCACUUGCCGCGGUGCUUCUGCGAGCUCCCGCUCGCGCCGUUCCCGCCGGGCACGCCGGCGUACCCGACCAGGAACCAGUUCAUCGCCUACCUCGACGCCUACGCUCGCGCCUUCGGCAUUGAGCCCCGCCUCGGCGCGCGCGUCCGCAGCGCCGCCUACGACGCCACCAUUGGGUUCUGGAGGGUCACCGUCGACGUCGACGGCGAGGCGGCGGCGACAGAGUUCGUGUCGCGAUGGCUCGUGGUGGCCACCGGCGAGAAUGCGGAGCCGGCGUGGCCGGAGGGCGUGGAGGGGAUGGACAGCUACCGCGGCGCGGUCAUGCACACGAGCAGCUACAAGAAGGGGCACGAGUUCAGGGGCAAGAAGGUGCUCGUCGUCGGCUGCGGCAACUCUGGCAUGGAGGUCAGCCUCGACCUCUGCAACAAUGGAGCCAGGCCCUCCAUGGUUGUCAGGGACAAGCUUCAUGUGUUGCCCAGGAGAUACUUAGGCAUCUCCACAUUUGGACUCUCGGUGUUCCUUCUCAGGUGGCUCCCGAUAAAACAGGUUGAUUGUUUGCUCCUCUUCUUCACAAGAUUGAUCCUUGGAGAUACUGAAAAAUAUGGUCUCCCGCGGCCUAUGAUCGGCCCACUGCAAAUCAAGAAUUCAACCGGGAAAACACCAGUACUCGACAUCGGAGCUCUAAGAAAGAUCAAAGAUGGUGAAAUAAAGGUGGUCCCGGCAAUCAACCGGUUCACAGAGAAUGGGGUUGAGUUCAUAGACGGCCACAUAGAGGUCUUUGAUGCCGUCAUCUUCGCCACCGGGUACAAAAGUAAUGUGUCUUCAUGGCUCAAGGAGGAGGAGCUCUUCAGCCAGGUUGAUGGGUUCCCUAGAAAGCCUUUCCCGCAUAGCUGGAGGGGCAGGAACAAUCUCUAUGCCGCUGGCUUCACCAAGAGGGGCCUCGUGGGCACCUCCUACGAUGCUAUCAGAAUCGCCGAAGAUAUUGCAAACCAGUGGACUGAGGUAUUUGCAAGCACCACUGCUGCUCAUAGAAACAGCGACCAAGAUGCUUGA